AUGAAGUUCUCAGUCGGAACGGUCUUGGCUCUCGCCAUAUCUGCGGCUACCCCUAUCGCCGCCCAGAUCAACGACGACGGCGAUUUCAACCUCGAGGCCCGCGACGCUGGUUUUGAAGAAGCCAUCCCUUAUCUUGAGGCUAGGCAGGCUGAACCUGACUUCGAGGAAAUCGACCUCGAGGCCCGGGAUAUCGACCAAGACCUUGAGGCCCGCGAUGUCGAGCUAGAGCUUGAGGCCCGCGAUGUUGAGCCAGAGCUUGAGGCCCGGGACGUCGAGCCAGAGCUUGAGGCUCGGGGCCUGACUUCCGGUAUCUGCUAUGACUCAUUCUGCCCCAACCUUUAUAAGUACUACAUCACCGGGGUCCGCGGCUAUAAAAAGUGCAAGGGCCUCUGCAAUACGAUUAUCGGGUUAAAGAACCAGGACGAAAUCACGUACUGCCUCAGACUAUGUGACCUCAGAAAACCCGGCAACCUACGAAAAGCCUGCCAAACUCUCUGCUUCAGGACCUUCCCCAGUCAAAUAAAGCUAGAAUAA